GAUCACGCGUUGUGAACAAAGAACCUCAGGAAACUCCUAUUGAGGGUCGCAGCGCUUUGCUUGGACUUAUUAGAGACGUGUCUCUGGGCCUAUGGCUCUAGAGUGAAUAUGCCAGGAAUGACUUCGGGGGCUGACAGUGUUGGCUCAAACGGCGAAUCUCACGCUCUCUUCCAAGGGAAGCAUUUCUGGCUAUCUCAGAACGUCCCUCAGAGGUCAAGAUUCAAAGAACUCAUACAGCAAAAUGGGGGUAUUAUAAGACUUCAAGAAAAACACGCGGAUAUCAAACUAGUCGACCAUGCCAGAAAGAACCUCCCCCCAAACACGUUUUCAUAUCAAUUUGUGGAAGAGUCUAUCCGUAAGGGAAGCCUACAGGACCUAGAAAACUAUCGGGCUGGACCUUCAGCACAGCGCCCGGUAGGAGCAACCUAUAUUCCAAGCUCAGGUACGAGAGUGGUGUACACACUUGAAGACGAUCAGAUUCUUUGGGAUUGGAUGCAACAGUAUGAAGCUGCAGAUGGCGUUGGUGUAGGAGGCAACGCCGCAUACCAAGCACUUGCUGAAAAGCAUCCGAGACACACAUAUCAAUCAUAUCGUGAUCGGUAUCGGAAGAGACUUCGUGGACAGCCUCGUCCAGGAGGCGGUGUUCCGCAAACUACAGACCAGACAACUGCUGUUUCUCAUGAGAAUACCACUGCCAGGCCUUCAUCCCACCCGCAUUCUCCAUCAAAGACCGCCAAAAAUAUCCCAAAGUCUACCAUGGAUGCCGACAGGCCAGAAGAAAGAAAGAGAAAACGAAGUCUAGACGAUGAAACUUCUACUUCUCAUUCAUCCCCCAAACGGAGAACAAUGACACCACAAGUAACCAUCCCCACUACUCAUCAACCCCAAUCAGAAGAGCCUGUAUUACAGAAACAGCCAUCGACAUUUACGAAAGGUAUUACGAAAGAAACAGAAACAGAAACAACCCAAACGGAGAAACCUGAACCAACCACGAAACCAAAGAACAAGGAUCCAGAGUACACAAUGGAUAGCGUUUUCCUAGAACUUCCCUUCUUUCCUCUAACCCCAGAGCCGGAAGAAGAUGAUAAUGAUGAAGGCCCUGAGCAAGAUAUUGACGCAUGGAUUGACGAUCGGCUGCGAACUGGAAAAGCGGAGAAUGAUGCGCAGAUUUUUGUAGCAUUGCGAUGCACCAGCAUGGAUCCCGACUUGGCUGACAAGGUCCUUAAACAACUGGUUGCAGGGAAAGACAUUCCAGAUGAUAUCCCAGGGGUGUGGACAGCUGAAGAUGAUAAAUGUAUAGAAGGACAAGACAGCCGGGGCAUUGAACGUGUACUGAAAAAGCAUGGCUCGGAGUUCUUCAACGCCAGAUGGGAAUAUCUUACCAUGGCUAGAGAUGCAGGCGUGGAACAUGACAUUGAUAAUUAAUGAUAUCAUGAUAUGAUUUCGGUCAUAGAAAGGUUGUAAAAUACAAAAGUUCCCCGUAGGAAGUAUCAAAACAGGAAGCAAAUUAAAAAGGCCCGGAAAUUCAAAUUAAGCAAAAAAUGACAGGGAAAAAAAGGUCUGAAGAUUAUGAUGUCACUCGUGAGAUCUUCAUUGCCUUGAUAAAGCCAGGGAGGAUUAUCUUACAAGAGAAAUAUUGCAGUCCAGGGCCUAUCGACUCCGGUCAACCACCAUUCAUAGCAGUUAGUAUUCUCCAUUCCUGGCCAGCAAGUACUGUGUCCAAUCGAUCAGAUAUGGUCAAAUCCCAGCAUAUUCGAGUCACCGAACAUGGCUCUCGCAAACUCCGAGACAAACAUUUCAACCCUCCUUGAACACACUAACGAAUGGUCAGUAAUGGCGAUGG